AUGAAAACGAUUGUCUUGCAAGUCUUGCCUCUUUGCACCGCUGCACUGUCUGUUCUUGGCAAGAGUUUCCCCGAACAACAAGAACUGCUCGUCGACAAGGACGUGAUGGUCCAACAAACCAAGGUUUACGGCCACAACGAUGCCGUGUACGACGUCAUGCCCAAAGAAGACCAGCUAUACAGCAUCGAGUUCCUCGAGAUUGCCCCGACGCCUAUCGACACCAACCGUGUCCUCUUCGCCCUCCUGAGCGGUUAUCUUCCCGACCCUAAGAAAAACGAGCUAGCACUUCCCGACGAGGGCCUCGUCAAUGCGACUCUUAAAUUCAGCGGUUCUGUUGUCUACGCGGAUGGUACUCACGACGACGAAACAUCCGGUACAUUUCCGCUGAAGACUACGCCCUUUAAUAAUCUAGCCUACCUUAGCAUUCGCAACGCCCGUGGAGAUCAGGUAGACUACUUGCCUAGCAGCUCUAGUAGUACCAUCGUGCUAGACUUCCAGUUUAUUCCAAUGUUUUUGAGGAGCGGUACAUGGACCAUCAAGGUCGACGCGAGACUCGGAGAUGAAGACGACACGUGCUUAUUUGCUAUGUCGAUGACACAGUGGUUGGAUGGGAGGCUUACGGAUUAA